GGACUAAACAGCUACCAGAACUCUUAAACAUGGUUAGAGUUGUGUUCAUAGCUACGAGGAGGGACUGGGAGAGAGUCUGAGUGAGUGGAGAACAGUAUAAUUUGUACAACAUAGGAGGGAAGCCAGAGAUAAGAAUGAGGAAUCUGAUGUCUGUCAACAUCAGCCUCCUCUGUGCUGUGAGCUGUGUGACGUCAGCAGUGAUCACAAAGAGAGGGACAGAAGGAGGAAAUGACACCAUUCAGUGUCAUUAUGACCGGGGGUUUAUGACACACCAGAAGUACCUCUCUAAAGGGAUCUGGGCCUACCGGGUUGAUGUGAUCAAAACCCAAACCCAUCAGCACCCAGCGGUGACUCAUAAAGGGAGAUUCUCUCUGUAUGACGACACAGAGAGAAGAGUCUUCACUGUGACCAUCACUAACCUGGUCCUAGAGGAUUCAGGGACCUACUGGUGUGGAAUAAACACAUGGUGGUGGUAUCACAAGACUGAAGUCAGGAUCACUGUGGACAGAGCUCCUGUUCCUCCCAACCCUGGCUCCAUCACCUCCAGACCUCUCCUCUCCACGACACACCCAUCAACACACAUCACCAUGGCAAAUGACUCCUCAAACUCCAAAGCAGAAAGGACCAAUGGAACAGUAGGUGCAACAUCUCCCACAGACAUGGCUAGAACACAAGGUGUUGUGAUGUUCUCUGGUGUUGUUCUGGGUGUUCUAGGUGAUGUGAUGUUCUCUGGUGUUGCUCUGGGUGUUCUAGGUGAUGUGAUGUUCUCUGGUGUUGGUCUGGGUGUUCUAGGUGAUGUGAUGUUCUCUGGUGUUGGUCUGGGUGUUCUAGGUGAUGUGAUGUUCUCUGGUGUUGGUCUGGGUGUUCUAGGUGAUGUGAUGUUCUCUGGUGUUGUUCUGGGUAUUCUAGGUGUUGUGAUGUUCUCUGGUGUUGUUCUGGGUGUUGUUCUACUACUGCUGGGUCUGCUGCUGUUCAUGUUCUUCAGACAGAGGAGAGACAGAGACAGGAGACCAACAGCAUCCAAACACUCUGCCAGCCUGUUGGUGCCUGACUCCAUGACAACCAACCUAGAUCCAGACACAGGAACCAUCACUAACCCCAUCUACGCCACUACAACCAAUCAGAACCCAGAUACAGCCUGUGACAUCACCACCAUCUAUACCAACGCAACCAAUCCUCGUCGAGAUGACAUCCACUUCAACUUUGGUCCGUCCACAGAGGUUUCAGACAAUGUGACCUACGCUACUGUCAACUUCCCCAGAGAUCCAGCCUGACUCCACUGUGCUACUGUCAACUUCCCCAGAGAUCCAUCCUGACUCCACUGUGCUACUGUCAACUUCCCCAGAGAUCCAGCCUGACUCCACUGUGCUACUGUCAACUUCCCCAGAGAUCCAGCCUGACUCCACUAUACUACUGUCAACUUCCCCAGAGAUCCAGCCUGACUCCACUAUACUACUGUCAACUUCCCCAGAGAUCCAGCCUGUCUCCACUAUACUACUGUCAACUUCCCCAGAGAUCCAGCCUGACUUCACUAUGAUACUGUCAACUUCCCCAGAGAUCCAGCCUGACUCCACUGUGCUACUGUCAACUUCCCCAGAGAUCCAGCCUGACUCCACUAUACUACUGUCAACUUCCCCAGAGAUCCAGCCUGACUCCACUAUACUACUGUCAACUUCCCCAGAGAUCCAGCCUGACUCCACUAUACUACUGUCAACUUCACCAGAGACCCAGCCUGUCUCCACUAUGCUACUGUCAACUUCACCAGAGACCCAGCCUGACUCCACUAUGCUACUGUCAACUUCCCCAGAGAUCCAGCCUGUCUCCACUAUGCUACUGUCAACUUCACCAGAGAUCCAGCCUGUCUCCACUAUGUUACUGUCAACUUCACCAGAGACCCAGCCUGACUCCACUAUGCUACUGUCAACUUCACCAGAGACCCAGCCUGACUCCACUAUGUUACUGUCAACUUCACCAGAGACCCAGCCUGACUCCACUGUGCUACUGUCAACUUCCCCAGAGAUCCAGCCUGACUCCACUAUGAUACUGUCAACUUCCCCAGAGAUCCAGCCUGACUCCACUAUGAUACUGUCAACUUCCCCAGAGAUCCAGCCUGACUCCACUAUGAUACUGUCAACUUCACCAGAGACCCAGCCUGACUCCACUGUGCUACUGUCAACUUCCCCAGAGAUCCAGCCUGACUCCACGAUGAUACUGUCAACUUCCCAAUAGUUCCAGCCUGACUCCACUGUGCUACUGUCAACUUCCCCAGAGAUCCAGCCUGACUCCACUAUGAUACUGUCAACUUCCCCAGAGAUCCAGCCUGACUCCACUAUGAUACUGUCAACUUCCCCAGAGAUCCAGCCUGACUCCACUAUGAUACUGUCAACUUCACCAGAGACCCAGCCUGACUCCACUGUGCUACUGUCAACUUCCCCAGAGAUCCAGCCUGACUCCACGAUGAUACUGUCAACUUCCCAAUAGUUCCAGCCUGACUCCACUGUGCUACUGUCAACUUCCCCAGAGAUCCAGCCUGUCUCCAUUAUGCUACUGUCAACUUCACCAGAGACCCAGCCUGUCUUCACUAUGCUUCAGUAAAGACUCUGAUGCUAGUAACCACCUAGACACUGACCCAACAGCUGUAGACACCUCAUAAUGUACCUCACCAUUAAACACUCUGCUACAUAGUCUACUACUGUAGACACCUCAUAAUGUACUGCACCAUUAAACACUCUGCUACAUAGUCUACUACUGUAGACACCUCAUAAUGUACUGCACCAUUAAACACUCUGCUACAUAGUCUACUACUGUUAGCACCUCAUAAUGUACUGCACCAUUAAACACUCUGCUACAUAGUCUACUACUGUAGGCACCUCAUAAUGUACUGCACCAUUAAACACUCUGCUACAUAGUCUACUACUGUAGACACCUCAUAAUGUACUGCACCAUUAAACACUCUGCUACAUAGUCUACUACUGUAGACACCUCAUAAUGUACUGCACCAUUAAACACUCUGCUACAUAGUCUACUAUUGUAGACACCUCAUAAUGUACUGCACCAUUAAACACUCUGCUACACAGUCUACUACUGUAGACACCUCAUAAUGUACUGCACCAUUAAACACUCUGCUACAUAGUCUACUACUGUAGACACCUCAUAAUGUACUGCACCAUUAAACACUCUGCUACAUAGUCUACUACUGUAGACACCUCAUAAUGUACUGCACCAUUAAACACUCUGCUACACAGUCUACUACUGUAGACACCUCAUAAUGUACUGCACCAUUAAACACUCUGAUACACAGUCUACUGCUGUAGACACCUGAUAAUGUACUGCACCAUUAAACACUCUGCUACAUAGUCUACUACUGUAGACACCUCAUAAUGUACUGCACCAUUAAACACUCUGCUACAUAGUCUACUACUGUAGACACCUCAUAAUGUACUGCACCAUUAAACACUCUGCUACAUAGUCUACUACUGUCACUGAUCUGUAUGGAACAGCAUUAAUUCAUGUUUUCAUUCAUUGGUGUUUUACAUCGUGCUUCUACACCUGCAUUGCUGUUUGGGGUUUUAGGCUGUGUUUCUGUACAGCACUCUGAGAUAUCAGCUGAUGUACGAAGGGCUAAAUACAAUUUGAUUUUAAAAUCAUUCAUUUAUUAUUUGUUUGUUAAUUCAUUCAUAUUUUUAUUCAUUUUUACAAAUAAUUAUUAUUUUAAAUUGUUCAUAUAUGCAUUAUUUUGUUCAUUCAUUCAUUCAUUCAUUGUUUCUACUGUGAAUGUAACACUGACUUGAACAGAGACAGUUUGUAGCUUUUAGGAACCUUUGAUUAUUCAGUGUUUUUUACUCCACUUGAUGGGAAAUGAGACUGUGUAUAUAUCAAUAAAGCACCAAUAUAUUUC